CUCGUCUCUUCAACUUCACUAUUUAUAACAUGCUCAUAUUUGAAACAACAAUGAUAUGGAUCCAGUGAGCGCAAUCGGCGUGGCCGCUGCCGCUGUACAGUUCGCCGAAAUUGCGAUUAAAAUUACGAAGCGCAUUGCCGUCUUCGCAGUAUUGCGCGAUGUACCAGAGGACGCCGAGGGGCCUAAGGCUUUUGUAGAGCGCCUGCGCAGCCAGCUUGGCCUUCUCAACACUACCAUUAGACGAAUCGAGGAAGGGCUCAUGGGCUCUAACGAGAGCUUGCAAGACAGCGAAUUAUUAGAGCUCAGGGAUUAUAUAUCGAACCUCAACCGCCACGGCAAGAGACUUGAUGGAUUGCUCAACAAGUAUCUCCCGAACGAUGGCGCUUCGGCCCCCGCUAGGCUGCUAGCAGCUCUGAGGAGUAUCGCAUCUGACACUGAGAUCAAGUCCGCGAUGGAUGGCGUCAACGAGCUACUCCCACUAUUGACCACAUUCCUUCUCACUUCGAUAUUCGCGAAAGGCAGUCUCGCUUUUAGCCAGUCUAGGAAUAUUGGGGUUGAAUUGGGCCGUGGUCCUACGCACCCAAGUUUCAGCGCGAUCUAUCAGGUUUCCCGCCAUGAGGUCCGGCAUUUUAUUGACAGGCCUGACUUAUUGACCGAGAUCGAUCGCAUUUUCGGCACUGAGCAGACACAAUUGCCUAAGAUUGCCAUAUUACAAGGCAUGGGCGGCCAGGGGAAAACACAACUUGCUAUCCGGUACUGUGGAAAAGCUCGCCUCCAAAAGAAGUUCCAGUGCAUAUUAUGGGUAGAUGCUUCUACUAGGGCCUCGACGGUGCGUGGCCUGGAAGAAAUCUCGGAAAACCUCAACGACAGCAAUCAGACUUUGUUGGACUCCGACGCUCGGGUGGCAUUUGUGAAGCGCAGGUUGACGGCCGCGAAUCUAUCGUGGCUCCUAAUAUUCGACAACUACGACAAUCCUGCUGCAUUCGAUCUUCGGGAGUAUAUACCUAAAGGUACCCUUGGAAAUGUACUGAUUACUAGUCGAAGUGAGGAUCUGGAGAGGGUUGGGCCGGUGAUGCGCAUUUCCGGCAUGACUGAGGACGAGGCAAUUAAAUUGCUAUUCACGCUACUCAAUCAUGCCGACAACGAAAGGAACCGGACCGCUGCGGCUGACAUUGUUAGGCGACUAGGUUAUUUACCUCUCGCUAUCGACCAAGCCGGCGCAUAUAUGAAGGCUGAAGGUGUCCCCUUGGCAGAUUUCCUCCAUUGCUAUGAGCAAUCUGCGAGGGAUGUCCUUGAGUCGGUUCCGAAUUUAUGGGAGUAUUAUGAAUCUACUACCAAUGAAAAUGGAGAGGGCAUGAAAAAUACUACGGCGAAAACGGUGUUUACGACAUGGAAUUUGUCAUUCACGUUAUUGAAGCCUGAUACCUCCGUAGGUGCUUUGAUGGUUACCAUCCUUUCACUACUAGCAUUUUUCGACGAACACGCGAUAUCAGAAGAAUUCUUCGAAGUUUAUUACUCCGCAAAGAAGCCUGACCAGCAACCGGAAUGGAUAUCUCUCUUCACCGACGAGGAAGGCCGUUGGUCAAGCAAAAAAUUCGACAGUGUGAUGAGGACGUUCCUGCGGCUGUCGUUGAUUACUUCACUCAACACAGAAAGGGCAGACACCAAAUAUGCUUUGAUAUCUCUUCACCCUCUUGUCAAGGAUUGGAUCAAUCUGCGCCAGGAAAAGAGCAUCCACAGGGCGAAUUUUACGACAUUCACGAAGAUUCUAGCGGCUAAUCUCUCGGCAACAUUCUGGGAAGACUCGGUUUUUAUUUGGGGGUUUCGAAUAUCUGUCGAUCAACGGCGGCGAUUAGCUGAACAUAUGACACCUUGGAUGGAUAUGUUUAAACGGCAUAAAUCAGAUAUGCGGCCUACUAUUAUCUGUGCAGAGCCUGAGCGGGACUUGACGACUAUUACGGCAGAACAACUUAUAGCUAAAUUCAUUUAUGAUAUCGACCAACAUGAGAAUAGCUAUGAACUGUCGCGCUGGCUUUGGGAGUCAUGUGACAUAUCGAAUAAACAUAUGCUGCGAGUCAAGUUCGACGCAGGCAACCAACAAGUCAUAUCUCUUCGCGCAACGGACGAGGCGAGAGACAAGAGUCGAGAACUUUUGCAAUAUUGGAACUCAGUACUUGGUGCAGAUAGCUCGACAGACUACAUGCUUCAUGAGAGCCGUCUCGUCUUCGUCACGUCGCUGGUACAAAGUGUCCAUGUAGAGGACAAGCAGGAAUGCAUCGACACCUGCAAGGUCGAAUUGGAGAGACUACCGAACGACGAGGAAAAUAUGCCACUUAGACAUCGUUUGUUAACCGAACUCGCAUAUGCGGCGCAUUAUUGCUACCAGAAAGAUAUCUAUAAAAAGACGUGUGAAAUCAUGUUAGACGAGACGGGGAAACGUGGUGGUGACGACUACCGGAAGAAAAUAUGGUCUCAUAGAGUCUGGGACGCCGUCGUGAUGAUCGUUACUGAUACCUUCAACGACCCAGACCUCGCAGAUCGCCUCAGUCUUCUUGCGCUUGAGUGGGCGAAUGAAAAAUAUGGUAUAAAUCAAACUUACAUCGUUCGAUUCUACCUUUUAAGGGCGCGAGUCCUCCUGAAUAUGGGGAGGUUCGUUGAAGCUGAAAAGAUGACACGAGAUUGUAUCGCGAUCGGUGGAGUCAAUCGCAACCACUACAUCCAAAUCCACCAGAUACUAGGCCACAUCCUUAAGCGUCAGGGGAGAUUCGAAGAAGCCUACGAAGCUUACAAUUCGGCCCUUCUACAAGUCCAGGGGUCAAAGGUGCAAAACGAAACAUUGAACCUGCUGGAUUCAUGCGGAGAGGUUGCCAGCUGGUUCAACCUUGGACUUGCCGAUUCCCAUUACACGCUAAUGCUAUCGCUUGCUAAGAAUAUACACAAUUGGAAUAGUGUAAUCUACACCACAACGAGGUUGUACUGGGUCAAAGUAGCAAUUGGAACCAAGGUCGCUUUGCAGGACGCCGUGGAGCUGCUUCUCGACGCACUGACAGUGUAUGGAAUUGAAAUUGUCUACCAAAAAGAUUACACGCAACCGACGCUUCUGAGAGAAAUUCAUACUACUAUACAUUUAGACGAGCCAGAGUCAGUGGAACAUUCAAAUGGAAACGAGGCGGUUCAUAAAGCACUCACGGAGGACUUUGGUGGCUUAUACUGUUGUGGCCUUGAUCUUUUAAAUUGGUUGGCAGCGCGACUGCUAGGGACUGGGCAUAUCAACGCGGCUGAACGCGCUUUUCAGCUCGCUAAAUCCGAAUUCGAAAAAACCGCAAAUAUGGAUGACUACGCAAUAACACGAUUUAUCAACGGCAUCUUUGAUUACACGAGAUUGCGUUUUGUAGUUGACAAAGACGUCCGAAGAGUACGAGACAUCCUAGACUGGGGGAGGAUCGUCAUUCGUACAAGGGUGAAGGGAAGCAUGGAAGAAUACGACGGUUGGUGGGAGUACCAAACGACGACUCUUCUGGAUCUAAUUGAGACUCCUAUACAACGUGCUAGAAGGAGGCAAUCUAAGGCGAUACGGAAGAUAUCUCAUAGAUUCUCGAGUAUCAUGAGUUUGAAGCGCUCUAAUUCACGUUCACGCCUGUCAUUACAGCAUGGGUUGGUUCCCGCACACAAUAUCACUGCUUCACCAGCUACGCCGGUCGUACCUCAGACACAAAGCGACUCCAUGGCAGGUGCGUCUCAGUCAUGAUCGGAUUUUUCUGAGAUGCGUCACAUAUUACGAUUUAUGAAUGACAUAGAGGGACUUAUACGACCCUAAUCAUCCAGAUCAGGGUAAGAUCAUUUCAUGGAAUAGUUUUGCUAGAGCUACGAUGGGUUGAACAUGUAGAAAUAUUUCGACUUCAAGUUUGAAUUGUCAUUAUCAAUGAGGAUUAGCGUGGCGUACGGCUCUGAUUAAGUAUGAGGAGGAGGCGAAGCGUGAGUGUAAUGGUUUAUAGAACAAGCACCUAAUUGAAUCAAUCUUGAAUGCGC